GCGCAUUAUUUGGCAACCGGAGGAGCGGCGGAGAAGAGGAUUAGAGGGAUCCCCGCCUGAGGGAAAGUUGGUGGGGGUGGCUGGGGGAAAGCCAGAGUACGUACCCGUUAAAAAAAAAAUCCAAACCGCCCAAACCUGUCUUAAGCUGAAUUUUAGUGUCUUCAGAGGGUUCAUCGACAGAUUGAAGUUAUUUUCUCACUCACUUAGCCUUCAUGUAUGGCCAGCUGAUGUAGCCAAGAGUUACUGCACAUAGAAGUCAGAACUUCAGAAUGACUGAAGAAGCAUGCAGAACACGGAGUCAAAAACGAGCACUUGAGCGUGAAACAACCCUAAAUGAUGUGGAUAGUAAAAAAAUAAAAAUGGAGAAAGGAUUACUGGGAUCAGACCACAAGACUGAAAGUGACUUGAAAAUGAAGUCUGAACCUGGAGCAGCCAAGGUCCAAGGAUUACUAAAAGGAGGAGAGGUCAAGGCAACUAUUAAGGUGGAAGUUCAGACAAGUGAUGAGCCAGUGGAUAUGAGUACCUCAAAAAGUGAUAUGAAGCCAGAAAAGAGAGUUCCCUCACCUGAUAUUAUAGUGUUAUCAGACAAUGAACCUUCAAGCCCUAGAAUGAAUGGCUUAACAAAAGUACCACUAAAGGAGACCAACACCGAAGCCCUCCUGAAGAGCAGUCCAGAAGAACGAGAGAGAAUGAUCAAGCAACUUAAAGAAGAACUGCGAUUAGAAGAAGCAAAACUUGUUUUGUUAAAAAAGCUAAGACAAAGUCAGAUACAAAAAGAAGCCACUGCCCAGAAGCCUGCUGGCUCCUCUGGGAAUGCUGUGGCCACCCCUCCCCCUUUGGUACGGGGAACACAAAACAUUCCUGCUGGCAAGCCAUCUCUUCAGGCUUCAUCUACAAGAAUACCAGGCAAUGUUAUUCCCCCUCCUCUGGUCCGUGGAGGCCAACAGGCGUCUUCAAAGCUGGGAUCUCAGCAGAACACACAGAUAGUGAUGCCCCCUCUUGUUAGAGGAGCACAGCAAAUCCAUAACAUCAGACAGCAUUCCAGCACGGGGCCACCUCCUCUACUUCUGGCACCACGGGCAUCUGUUCCUAGUGUGCAGAUUCAGGGACAGAGAAUUAUACAACAGGGUCUCAUCCGUGUUACCAAUGUCCCCAACACUAGUCUGUUGGUGAAUAUCCCACAGGCCUCACCAACUUCAAUUAAGGGUACAACAGUCACAUCUGCUCAGGGUAAUGCAACUACCACUGGGGUUGCAUCCAUAGUGAAUGCCAAUGAUUCACCAGCCAGCCGGCAAGCUGCUGCAAAGCUCGCCCUACGUAAACAGCUGGAAAAGACACUGUUAGAGAUUCCCCCUCCUAAACCACCUGCUCCGGAGAUGAAUUUUCUACCCAGUGCAGCCAACAAUGAAUUUAUAUACCUGGUUGGAUUAGAGGAAGUGGUACAGAAUCUCUUAGAAACUCAAGGCAAAACUUCAACUGCAGCUUUAUCCCAUGAGCCCUACAUGUGUGCUCAAUGUAAGACUGAUUUCACCUGCCGAUGGCGAGAAGAAAAAAAUGGAACCAUUAUGUGUGAAACUUGUAUGACAUCAAAUCAAAAAAAGGCACUGAAGGCUGAACACACAAAUCGUCUGAAGGCUGCUUUUGUAAAGGCUUUGCAACAGGAGCAAGAAAUUGAACAGCGGAUAUUGCAGCAGACAUCUUCUCCAAUGCAGACCAAGUCAGAGUCAAUGGCCCAACAUCAUUCACUAAAACAGGUCAUAAAACCACGGCGUAAGUUGGCGUUCUACUCAGGAGAGGCCUGCGACUGGAGUAAAGGGGCUGUGCUGCAGACUUCUAGCCCCCUGGCCCGAGGCCCCCCAGGGGCUCCCCGAGGAGUCUUGCACACAUUUAGCCAGUCACCUAAACUUCAAAAUACAGCAGCUGCUGCAGCACUUGUUACCAGGCCAGGUAAGCAUGCUGAGAGACCUGUCAGCAAGGGCAAUGCUACCACCAACUGGAAGAAGACUCCCAUCAAUACAGGUGGCGCUCUUACUUUUGUUAAUCCUAGUUUAGCAGUACAUAAAAGUUCUUCUGCAUUAGAACGUCAGCGUGAAUAUCUCUUAGACAUGAUCCCACCACGAUCCAUCCCUCAGUCUGCCACAUGGAAAUAAUGCAAAGCAAAGCCCAAGUGGAAGACUUCCCUCUUUCUGCCAUCCUUUUUUUAUGCCACAGUACAGUGUGGGACCUGCUUUAGCCCAACAGCUGGAUAUGUUCUCUCCCCUUUUUUGAAGGAAGCAAGAUGACCAAUU